AUGAGUUUAGAGUCCUUGUUCCAGCACAUCAUCUUCACCGAGCAUAAGGCCGAGGAGAGUCGCCGGUUGAUGCGAGAAGUGAGGUCAGAAAUAACAAGAUGUCGUGAAAACAUUAAGAAGGCCACCGAGAAGCUGAGUGAAGAGAAAACCAAGUUGGAAUCUAAGGUUCAGCAGUUAUCUGAAAAAUCCUUCCUCUUGCAGCUUUCAAAAACUCAUGAACAUGCUCUGGAAAGACAGUACAGUGAAAUUACAAACCAAAGGAAUAGGCUUCUUGAAACCUUUGAGGCUAUAAAGAAAAGCAUGACAGAUGAGGAGGAAAAAUUUAUUAAGGAAAUUACAGACUUUAAUAAUGAGUUUGAAAUAUCAAAGAAAAGAGACCUUUUGAUUAAAGAAAAUGUGAAGAUUGAAAUAUCUGAUUUAGAAAAUCAAGCAAACAUUUUGGAAAGUGAAAUAAAGUUAAUGAAAAAUGAUAAUAACCAGUUAAAUGAACUUCAAAAACAAAAGAGUGAAUUGAUGCAAGAAUUAUUUAAUCUUCAAAAAAAACUUAAAGCUCUUCAAGAUGAAGAGAAUGGAGCCAUUUGUACCACCAAGUAUCUAGAAGCAGAAAAAAUAAAAAUCAACAAAAAGCCUCAAAGUGAUGCUGAAUGUUUAAGACUUAAAAAAGAAUUAGAACUUUAUAAGGAAGAUGACAUGGAAAGUGUCUAUGAAGCUCUACAAACAGAAAUUGAAUUUUUGGAGUUCCAACUGGCACAGAAAGAUCUUCAGGAAAACAAAUAA